UCUUCUUAGAAACAUUCUUAUUUUCACUUCGACUACAAGUGUGUGUCAAAACAAACAUAUUGCGAGAGGUAGUUUAGAGAAAGAUGGAAAUGAGAGGAGAGGAAAACAUAGAAAUAGGAGAAGACAUAACCCCACCACUCCUUCCCCUCUCCUUCUCCCUCCACGAUUCUUUCCGCUCUUCCCAUUGUUCCUCUUGCUUCUCCCCUCUCUCUUCCCCCUCUCAUCCCUCUCACGCCCCUCUUUACUGCUCCGCCGCCUGCUCCUCCUCCCACUCCGCCAUCGCUUCUUCCUCCUCCGAAUCGCUCCUCCCUCCCUCCUCUCCCCUCUCCUCCGAACUCCGCACCGCUCUCCGCCUCCUUCUUUCCCUCCCCUCCCUCUGCCCCCACCUCCGCCGCUUCAACAACGGCCUUCUCACUAACCACCAUAAGCUUUCCUCAUCUCCCGAAUUCGCCACCCAAAUCCGCCAGGGAGCAAUUGCUAUGGCCGCCGCGAGGAAAUCACGAAACGGAGACUGUGUUCUAGACCAAAGCGACAGCGUUUUACUGGAAGAGGCCGUCUUAUGCUUAGUCUUAACCAACGCCGUGGAAGUUCAGGACGAGGCCGGCCGUUCUCUAGGAAUCGCCGUAUACGAUCCUAACUUCUCAUGGAUCAAUCACAGCUGUUCGCCUAACGCAGGUUAUCGGUUCUCUGUUUCCCCUCCCAAUGAUACCUCGUUUGGGGAGGAUUCAAGUUCCACGCUGCGGAUUGUUCCUAGCAUUUCAGAGGACGAAUCUGGUGUUUGUAGCUGUUCUGAUUACAUGGAAGGAGCUAAGGGAUACGGAUAUGGUCCGAAAAUAAUAGUGAGGAGCAUUAAGAGAAUCAAGAAAGGGGAGGAAGUUUGUGUUUCAUACACUGAUUUGCUUCAACCGAAGGCAAUGAGGCAAUCAGAUUUAUGGUUUAAAUAUCAGUUUACCUGUUCUUGUAGGCGAUGCGCCAUGUAUCCCUCUUAUGUCGAUCAUGCUUUAGAGGAAUUGAUUUCCAAUCCGAGCUCUUCAAGUUUGCACUUUGAUUUCGAUCUUUAUAGGGAUGAAGCAAAUAAAAAGUUGUCUGAUUAUGUCGAUAAAACUAUUAACGAGUUUCUAUCAGUUGGUGAUCCUGAGUCCUGCUGUAUGAAGCUUGAGAGUGUGCUGAGCCUAGGUCUUCAGAUUGAGCAAAUAGAACACGGGGAUGGGAAAUCACAUCUCAACGUCAAGUUUCAUCCCUUUCACCAUGUUGCUCUCAGUGCUUAUACGACGCUCUCUUCUGUAUAUAGAAUACGUUCUUCUGACGUCUUAGCCCUACAUUCAAGAACAGAUGAAUCUCUAUUCAAAGCUUUUGACAUGAGUAGGAUCAGUGCAGCUUACUCUCUGUUGUUGGCAGGUGCGAGUCACCAUUUGUUUUGUUUGGAAUCUUCUUUGCUUGCGUCUGCUGCAAAUUUCUGGAAGCAAGCAGGGGAUUCUUUAUUAUCCCUCGCUAGAAACCGUGUCUGGAACUCAUUGGGGUUUCUGGUCUCAGAUCUCUCGACAGUUGUGAAGUAUAAAUGCUCCAAGUGCUCAUUGCUGGACAUCUCGGCUGCCGAAUUCUUUAGCCAAGCGGAAAGAGCGAAUGUUGAAAACAUAUCUAGCGAUUUUCUUGCUUGUGUUAGCAACAUGGCACCUAUGAUUUGGAGAUUUCUCAUUAAUGGUUGCCAUUACCUUGAAACAAUUGAAGAUCCAUUCGAUUUUCAAUGGCUUGCACUCCUGAACCGUGAUGAAGAGCAUGAUGGUUUCGUAAAUGAGAGCAGUAGUUUUGAACAUCGUGCGGAAUUGUAUACUAAUGAAAGGAGGAUACAUAUUUACAAGGUUGGUAUCCAUUGCUUAAUGUACGGUGUAAUUUUAGCACAAAUUUGUUAUGGGCAGAAUUCUCAUUUUACCCCUAUUCUGAAUCUUGGAGAAUACUUUGUAAAUUGAUUCAUGAAACUAAUUAAAAUUAUGAAACAUAAACAUGUCAUUGGAGUGAACUCAAUAUUUCAUGAAA